AAUCGCACCACAAUGAAUCAGGAAGAUCUGUACUGGUUCACGUUCAUCCUCGUCACACUGCUCGGGUUCUUUACCUACAAGCUGCUAACCCGUCACCGAUCCUACUUUCGACUGUUGCGUGUACCCUUUGAAAAGCCACACUUUCUGUAUGGUAAUCUGGACGAUGUGCUUAGCGGAAAGCUGACAACGAUGGAGAAAAUUGAACAGUUUUACCGAAAGUUCUCCGCCCAUGGAUUGUUCGGUUUCUUCAACUACAUGACACCGGCUUUGUAUGUACGCGAUCCAGCACUAAUCCGCCAGUUGCUGCAACCCAACAUGAGCCAUUUCGAGAGUCACGGCUAUUUUCUGGACGAAGAAAAGGAUCGUUUUCUUGGCGGUCAGCUACAUCUCGUGAAGGGGGCUGAGAAAGCAAUGAAGCUAGCCUCCCUUCUAACACCUGUUUUUCACGCUCCAUCUAAUCUGUCGACGAUGGAUAAAACUUCGCACCGGUGUUGUACCGAUUUGGUCGAUUUUAUAGCAUCACGCGUUGAGCUGGAGCUAGAAAUGAAGGCCAUCUUUCUGAAGCACACACUAAACAUGUUUGCCGGCAUAGCAUUCGGAAAGCAACUCAACACAUUCCAAGACGAUACGGAUCGAUUCUGUGCCGUAGCAAGCGGGUUGGCGUACGGAACCAAUCCGGUGCAAGUGAUAAAAACGAUGGCCUUCUACCUAGCACCUGGACUUAUGCGCAGUAUCGGCGUACAGUUCACCGAUCGGCAGGAGAUUGAGUAUCUUGUUAAGCAGUUCCAAGCCACCGCUUCCAACUCAAGCGAAAAAUCAAUCGGACACUUCCUUAAACAAGCUAAUGACAAAUUGAAAACUUCCCACCAGCUAACAGACGAACAGCUGACUGCUCAAUGUGCCACCUUUUUUACGAAGGGCUUCGAACCGACCCUUAAUCUAUUGUCGUUUGCAGUCUACGAGCUAGCUCAAAACCCACAGGUACAGCGGAAACUGUACGACGAGUUGACCUCCAAUGAAUUGGCAAAUAGUUCCUCCGCUGUACCACCGUACGAGCGUAUCCGAUCGCUACCCUACCUAGACGCGAUCGUACAAGAAACGCUUCGCAAAUGGCCACCACAUCCACUGCUUGUUCGCGAGUGUACCAAACCAUUCAUCAUUCCGGCAACCGAAAAUGGAGAUCGUGCUUCGAUCCCACUUAAGGUAGGUGACAAACUUUACCUUUCGGUGUGGGCCUUACAUCGAAAUGGGGACUACUUUCCACAGCCGGAACAAUUCUGCCCGGAACGGUUCGCAGAUGGGCAGCUGAUAAACGUGCCACACAGCAAUACAUUCAUUCCGUUCGGCAUUGGUCGAGGCUGUUUGGGGCAGGAGUUUGUUCGGCUAGUUGUAAAGGUUACGCUGGUGGCACUGGUGCAAAGAUACUCACUGCAACCUGGGGAACGCACACCCGAACCGUUGAAACUAAUCGAAUCCGCCUCCUCACUGGAAGCACGGGAUGGUUUCUGGAUACGAAUGGAACCGAGGGUAGCAUAAGAACGGACACA